AUGUUCGUCGUGCCCACGUUGCUGCCCCUCGACACGGCCGUAGACCUCGCGCUCCUCGCCCUCGUCGCCGUCCUCCUCCUCCUGUCCUCCCUCUCGUUCGCCUUCGUCAUCCACCUCUGCCUCAAGUCCCGCUCCGCCCCGCACCUCGGUAACUUCAACUCCCUCUGGACCGUCCGCCUCCUCCUCAUCUCCUCGACCACCCUCUGGGCCCUCGUCGAGCUCCUCCGUGUGCCCUUCUUCCGGCGCCACUACCUCGUGCCGUUCCUGCCCUCCUUGACACAAGGCCAACAAGCUGACCUCUGCAAAUUCCACGUCGUCCUCUCGCUAGGGCUCUGCGAGCCCGUCUUCCUGUUAACCGUGCUCUUCCUCGUCAACAUCUCGAUCAAGAAGAAGGACCCGUGCCGCCUGUGGGCCCUCGCAUUCGUGUUCGGCGCCUGCCUGCCCCUCCUCUUGCUGCAAAUCGUGUUCGUGUUCUUCGAGCCGAUAGACCUGCUAUUGCCAGAGGUCUUUGGGCGGAGCUCAUACAUCUCCAAGGAUGAGUCCGGCAACGACACGGUCCUGUGCACGUACCCAUUGAUGUCCAUCAUCGUGUUCGGAGCAUUUGGGGUCACGUUCUCGCUGUGCUUCCUCUUGUCAUGUUGGAAGGUCAUGUCCCUCGUCAUCAACAAAGGACUGAGGACUCGGAUCUACGUGCUCGCCUCCGCGGUCUUGGUGUCGCUGCCCUUGGAAAUUUUGCUGUUGGGGGUCUCGGUGAUGUGGAUGCCGGACCAUGCCGUUUACAAGGGCAUGGUGUUCGGCGCUUUUCUAUGCACAUUGGCAUGCACCGUGGCGGGGGAGGGGAUUUUGGUGAUUCGGCCAAUCAUCGACGCUUUGGCCGCCGGCGGCGAGUGCUGCCAGUGGAGCCCGAGUCAGCAGUCACUGCGGGAGGAGGACCGGAGACCGCAGGCGGAGGAGAUGGGGGUAAAAGUGUGA